AUGAUCUCCCCGGAAGAAGAGUCUGUUGAGGUCGAGUCUAUCAUUAGCGUCACCAUUGGAGCGACGGUACCUACAGGGUUCGAAUAUACCGCUGCCGAGGAGGUUCACGAGAAAAUCGGCGUUGAAGCGCGUAUAAGCAAAGACCGUGGUCGUAUUUACUUCACCAUUACUACUGACAAACUCUUCCAGGUUCACCUACUGAGGUCUGUGGACAACCUGUUUGUGGUUGUAGAGGACUAUGAUCAGUAUGAAUUUAAAGAAUCUAAGGAGGAGACAUUGGCAGAGCUGCAGCAGCUUGCCUCCAAGCUCCCAUGGACUAACGCCUUGGAGGUGUGGAAACUAAACCGCACUUUCAAAAAGAGAAAAGUCCAACGCAAAGGAGCCAAUGGCGCCAACGGCAAACCCAGCAAUGAGGUUGGAGACGCAACCGUGGCUUGCGCUGAAUCUCAGGGGCAAGCUGAGGAAGCGCCUCUCGCUGAUGGCCUAAACAAGACCGAGGAGGCAACUGACACUGAGACCACCAACACGCAGGACUCUGAAGAAGCAGCACCCGGAGCUAAAAUCAUGAAGUUCCGCGUGACUUGCAACCGAGCUGGUGACAAGCAUAGCUUUUCCUCCAAUGAGGCGGCCAGAGAUUUUGGUGGGGCGGUGCAGGAGUUCUUCCAGUGGAAAGCAGACAUGACUAAGUUUGACAUUGAGGUCUUAUUAAAUAUACACAAUAGCGAGGUGGUGAUUGGCAUCGCACUCACUGAAGAAAGUCUUCACAAAAGAAAUAUCAGCCAUUUUGGACCCACCACCCUGCGGUCCACCUUGUGCUACGGCAUGCUCAGGUUGUCAAAACCUCAGCCUUCCGAUAUUGUACUUGAUCCAAUGUGCGGAACUGGUGCAAUACCUUUGGAGGGGGCCUUAGAAUUUCCAGCGUCCUUUUACCUUUCUGGGGACAACAAUGAUAUGGCCGUAAACCGCACGGUCAAUAAUGUGUGUCACCUACAGAAAAGGAAGGCGGACAAGGGCAGUGCACCCGGGCUGCCGAUUGACACGGUCCGCUGGGAUUUGUGCAGUUUACCAAUGAGGUCCAGCUCAGUUGAUAUCAUCAUCACGGACAUGCCCUUUGGGAAGAGGAUGGGCUCCAGGAAGAAGAACUGGGACCUUUACCCGUCCUGCCUGAGAGAAAUGGCACGCGUGUGCAGGCCGGCCUCUGGGAAGGCUGUGCUGUUGACACAGGACAAGAAAUGUUUUUCCAAGGCUCUCUCCAGAAUGGGGGGAUUGUGGAGGAAGCAGCACACUGUUUGGGUCAAUGUCGGUGGUUUACACGCUGGAGUGUUCCUGCUCAGGCGGACCAGCACCUUAUUUGGCCAAACUCCCGAAGACAUCUAUGAAUCACAAGACUCGACGCGCCCACAAGGAGAUCAGGAUGACAGCCAGCGUUGUUAGGUUACGGUUUUGCCUUACACUAUCCAACAUAUGUUGGAUGAGCAUACCGUAAGAUUUUCUUUGCUAAUUUUAACCUUUUUUUUUUCAGUUUUCAUAUGAUGUGGCCAAAUCUUGUUUUUUUGUAAACAGGCAAACAAAAAGGAAAGCCUUUGUUGACUUCUGAACUGUGAGAAAUUGGUUCUCAAUAGUGUGCAGGUGUACCUACUGAAGUGGCCCACGAGUGCACAUUUACUGUUAGGCAGCAAGUUAAGGUUUCAUCAAUAAAUGUU